UAUAGUGGCAGUGCUGUCAGAAUCGCGAACCGAGCAGGAAUAACGGGUUACCUACUCUCGUUCCUGUUUUUUCGAUUUUUAUACUAGAUUAGCUGCGUUAAUGAUCUAGCUGUAUUUGUGUUUCUUUGUACUCCCGUGGGAAUCGCCAAUUGUUGCCAGUGACAUAAGUUACAAUGCUGUAAUGUGAAAUGUACGUCGAUUCGUGAUAUAAGUGGGUGAAUGUUUUUAAUGGCCGCUGUGUCAGUGCACAAACGAAAUGUUUAUAUGAAAAGUGAUUGAACUCAUCGGAUCUUACAGCUGUAAUGCACAGGAGUACUGGUGCGGUCGGUGCAGGUGCGCGGCGGUGAUGGCGGGCGGCGCGGGCGCGGGCGGGGGAUGAGCCGCCUGCUGUGCUGUCUGCGCGCGCGCCGGCACGACAUGGGCGCCGCGCUGUCGCACCCACAGGAAGGCGAGGCGUGUGACGGCGGUGGACUGCCCGCCUCGCCACCCACUAUGGCUGACGUUAUACGGGAACGUAAGAAGAAAGCUGGCGGUGCCGGUCUGGGCACGCUGCGGCGUCGCAUCGCAGCCGCCGCACGACGGCCGCGGGACUCGAGGCCUGAUCGAGGGUGCGAGCACGCGCGGUUCAUCCGCUCGGUGGUGAGCUCGUGGCGGCUGGCGGAGGUGUUCCUGCUGUGCGAGGAGCUGGAGGCGGGCGCGGCGCUGCGGGACCUCGUCACGCAGGCCGAGCUGGCCCGCGAGCCCGCCGCGCGCCUGCACGCCGACCUGGCGCAGCUGCUGGCCGAGCGCUGGAGGCGGGCGCGGCGCUGCGGGACCUCGUCACGCAGGCCGAGCUGGCCCGCGAGCCCGCCGCGCGCCUGCACGCCGACCUGGCGCAGCUGCUGGCCGAGCGGUGAGUGGCUCCCCCCUACCCCCUCCCCACAGCUGGAGGCGGGCGCGGCGCUGCGGGACCUCGUCACGCAGGCCGAGCUGGCCCGCGAGCCCGCCGCGCGCCUGCACGCCGACCUGGCGCAGCUGCUGGCCGAGCGCUGGAGGCGGGCGCGGCGCUGCGGGACCUCGUCACGCAGGCCGAGCUGGCCCGCGAGCCCGCCGCGCGCCUGCACGCCGACCUGGCGCAGCUGCUGGCCGAGCGGUGAGUGGCUCCCCCCUACCCCCUCCCCACAGCUGGAGGCGGGCGCGGCGCUGCGGGACCUCGUCACGCAGGCCGAGCUGGCCCGCGAGCCCGCCGCGCGCCUGCACGCCGACCUGGCGCAGCUGCUGGCCGAGCGGUUGUGGUGCGACGUGGAGGUGGUGGGCGCGGGCUGGUCGCUGGGCGCGCACCGCGCGGUGCUCGCCGCGCGGUGCACGUACUUCCGCGACCUGCUGCUGCGGUACCCCAAAUCGUCCGCGAUCCGGCUGGAGGGCGUGGCCGCGGGGCUCCGGCGCGAGGAGGGCGAAGCGCUGCUGCGCGUGCUGUACGCCGGGCCUGCGCCCCCGCGCUGUGCGCACUGCCGCAAAUGGGAACGAGGGGCCAAUUCCGAAGCUGAGCUGGACAUCAUCAAUGUUGAGAACACCUCGUCGUACCGGCGCGGCUGCUCGUGCUCGCGCGGCGCGGCGGCGGUGCGGCGGCUCGCGCCCGCGCUCGGCCUCGCGCCCGACGCGCUGCACCAAGACAUGAAGUACCUGCUCGACUCGGGUGAACUGUGCGACGCGCGUCUGACGUGGCGGUCGGAAGGCGCGUUCGGGUUCCGCGGUGCGUUAGAGCUGCCCUGUCACACGCUGCUGCUCGCUGCUAGAUCGAGGUUCUUCCGCAGCGUGAUGUCGCGGCGCGCGGGGGCGGGCGGCGCCGUGUGCGUGGACGAGAAGGUGCUGCCGCGCCGCUUCGCGCACGCGCUGCUGCACGCCGCAUACACCGACCAGGUGGACUUGUCUUUGAUCGGUCGCAACUCGUCGCCGCCAUCGUCUGCAACUAGUACCAUCAGUAGUAGUCUGACUCGUGGAAGUAGUUCGCGCAGCUCAACGACAGCGCUGCUCGAUGACGCCUUUCAGCUUUAUGAGAUUGCGAGGUUCCUAGAGAUGCCCAUCGCGGUGCAGGGCUGCGAGGACGCGAUCGUGCUGCAGCUGAGCGCCGACACGCUGCCGCACGUGCUGCGCUGGUGCAGCGCGCCGCACGCCUCCGCCUGGGUGCGCCGGCAGGCGAUGCGCUACUUGCGCGACGAGUUCCCGGCGAUCAUGUCCUCGAGCGGCGCGGCGCGGCUGAGCAGCGCGGCGGUGGGCGAGGCGCUCGCGUCGCCCUUCCUGCAGGCCAGCGAGGCGCAGGCGCUGCGCGCGCUGCUGCGCUGGGCCGAGCGCGCGCACGCGCCGCCCGAGCCCGCGCCCAACGUGCUGCGCCACGCGCCGCACGCCGCGCGCCGCGCGCGGGGCCGGCGCCGCGACCUGGCCGACCGCGCGCUGCGCGACGCGCUGGCCCCGCUCGCGCCGCUCGUGCGCGCCGAGCACCUGCCGCCCGACUGCCCGCUGCUGCACCAGGCGGUGCGUCGCGGCGUGUUGGCGGCGCCGGCGGAGGGCGCGUGCAGCGCGGACGCGUGGCUCGGCCGCGGGGCCUUCCGCCCGCCGCGCUGCUUCCUGCCCUACCUCGACGAGAUCAAGGCGCUCCUGGAGGACCAGGCGGUGCCGGAGGGCGAGGUGGCGCUGAUCCGCCGCGCGCGCUACCUGCAGCGCAUCCCCGACACGCUCUACAUGGUGCGGGACAUCGCGCCGCCCAGAGGCGGCGGGGGGCAGGCGGGCGUGCACCUGUGCGUGGCGCCGCGCGCGCUGGGCCGGCUGCGCGCGCGCGCCCGCGAGCUGCGCGCCACGCCGGCCGCCGCGCGCGCGCUCGCGCUGCACCACGACACGCGCCCCGUGCACAGGCAGAUAGCGUUGCGCGCGGUCCGCGAGAUGUCGCUGCCCGACGCGUGCGCCGACCUGCUGCUCUCUGAUGAUGAAGAGCGUGAGGGUGUAUACGCGGAGGGCGCGGCUAGCGAAGCGAGCGUGGGCGCGGGCAGCGAGCUUGGCGGGAAUGCGAUAGAUAAUGAUGGCCGGUACUCGCGGACACUGUGCGAUGUGGAUUGUUGCCGGUCUAGUACGGGCUCGUUGCGAUGUUCCACCGGCUCGCUGCGCUCUACUCCCUCCGCACACGCACCGCUCGAUAAGAGUCGCUCGAACACGUGUCGGCGGGAGCUGCCUGCGAGACCGGACACCACACGUGCGGGUCGACUUUCCGCGGCUGUACCAGACGUGGCGAUGGCUCCCAACGGCAACACUCACCUACUGACUCCACACUACCCGUACCCCUCUCACUCGACACAUCCCACUCAUCCCACUCACUCGAGUCACUCGAGCCACUCCACACACUCGAGCCAUAAUGUCACACACUCGAGUUACAACGCAAGUAGCUCGAGUCACUCGACUCACUCGAGCCACAUUCCCACUCACUCGAGUCACCUCACUCACGCGCACACGUUGGCGGCCGCGCACAGGAUAUCGGCUGGACAUGAUGAGUACGGAGGCGUGGUGCAACUCGACUUGGGUGACGGCGCUACACACACUCCGCGACCCGGUUCGCGCGCCCAACGGGCUCGUCCGUACCGCGAGCACUCACAGGCGGUGUCGUGUUCGCGCGACGACGACCUGCGCGUCGCCAUCGAGCUGUCCGUCAUACGCGCGUACGGUUCGCUGCAGGCGAACAGACGAGCGGAUCUCGUGCCGAGUGCCGACGCGUGUGCUCUGCGCCGCGGCGCGUCUCCCGCGCGCUCCGACCGACAUCGCAACACGUUAUCAGUGAGCGGCGCGGGCGCUGUGAGCGGUGUGAGCGGAGUGAGCGGGCUAAGCGGAGUGAGCGGAGUGAGCGGAGUGAGCGGGUUGAGCGGAGUGAGCGGUGAGCGAGCGUGUGGCAGCGAGCGGGCCAGCCCCGCCGGGGACUUCGCGGACACGCACUCCGCGAGCUACUCCCGCGCGCGCCGCGACCCGAGCCCCGCAUACACCUCCUAGCGACACACACCACGGCCCUCCCCGGCCAGACUGACUAGCGAGAACCUGAGAUCUCACGACACGCAGUACUAGACUACACGCUGCUAAAGUUCGACCAAAAUUUGUUCAGUAGUUUACGAGUUACGAAUGUAUGAGAGACUAUGUAAGACUAUAGUUAUUGUAACAUAAGUGAGGACGUUCGAAUAUGUUUGUAUUGGAGGUACUAAGGCUUGACGCUCAUUCAGGGAUUUUUUUUUAUUAUAUUUUUUGUAAAAACUGUUUUUUAUGGUAAAAUUAAAAAUAAAUAAUUUGGCUAUUGUCUUUAAAUUACAGACUGAUAAUUAUUAUUGUUAUUAGAUAAAAAUACUGCGGUUUUAUCUACUUCAAUUAAAAAAGAUCUGCGCGUGGUAAUGUUUGAUUUCAACCGAUGUGUUCAUCUUGUAAAGUGUAAUAAGUGAAAUAAUAAUAAAAAUACUUUUAGAUGAUAAGAUUUUUUAUAUUAAAAAUUUAAAACGCAUGAAUACAAUUUAUUAUAACACAUAUUAAAAGUAUUAGAGUAUAAUUGUAUGAAUGGUAGUUUCUUGAAAAUAUUGUUAAAAAUAAAAUUUACUAUCAAUUUUCCUUUCGUAUUUUAUCUAUUGUUGACUGUUUAUUAUUAUAAAACGAAAUCCAAGAUAUUAAUACAAAAAAUGAUGUUUUAACUUUUAACAUUUCUCUCUCAGUGUGCGUGAAGCCUUACUGUAUUAUAAAGUGUACAUAUUUACUUGUAUAUAAUUAUAAUUAAGUAUUGGAACAAUAACAGACUUUCUGUAAUAUAUACAUUGGUCGAUCUGCGAAACUAUACAGAUAUUAUGUGUUUAUCUGACACAUUGACUCGAUUUUGACUUAAAACGGACAGAUUUAAUACAAACCUUGUACA